GGAAGCAGAGAAAACAACAGCAAGCCUGUCGGGUCAGUGACAGACCGCAGCCGCACUGAGGUGUCCCGUCUAGACCAGUAGUCAAAAAUCAGUCUAAUAUCACUCCUUGCUGUCGUCCCGAGGGCAAGAUGUCUUUGUUUGGGAAGUUGUUUGGUAGCAGUGGAAAAGGGGGCAAAUCUUCAAGCCCCCAAGAGGCUAUCCAGCGACUGCGAGAAACAGAAGAAAUGUUGACCAAGAAACAAGAAUUCCUGGAGAAGAAGAUCGAACAGGAGCUUGUAACGGCCAAGAGAAACGGCACGAAGAACAAACGAGCUGCAUUGCAGGCACUGAAGCGUAAGAAGCGCUACGAGAAGCAGUUAGCUCAGAUUGAUGGCACUCUUUCUACCAUCGAGUUCCAGCGGGAGGCGCUAGAGAACGCGCACACCAACACCGAGGUCAUCAAGAAUAUGGGCUUUGCUGCUAAGGCCAUGAAAGCUGCCCAUGACAACAUGGACAUCGACAAAGUGGAUGAACUCAUGCAGGACAUCACAGAACAGCAGGAGCUGGCGCAAGAAAUUUCAGACGCAAUCUCAAAGCCUGUCGGGUUUGGGGAGGAAUUCGAUGAGGAUGAGCUGUUAGCUGAACUAGAGGAGCUGGAGCAGGAAGAGUUGGAUAAGAACCUCCUGGAGAUCGGAGACAAUGUACCACUGCCAAACGUGCCCUCUACAUCCUUACCUGCCAGACCAGCAAAGAAGAAAGAAGAAGAGGAUGAGGAUGACAUGAAAGACCUGGAGGCGUGGGCUGCCAAUUAAUGCUCCCCGAAACCCAUACGCUAUACAAGGCAUAAACCUCACUCCAAUACCUGUUACUAAAGGACCUGGAAGGACUCUUCAGUAUGUUACAGUAUGACGUCUUUGUGUCUAAAAUAGGUUCAUAUUUAAACACACACGAGAGGAAAACAAAAACAUAAAUGCAACUGCU